UUGUCAACAUCGUUUGUCACUGAACAAUUCGUUUUCAGUCCUUAAAUUUCUCCGAAGUCCCUACUACACUCUCCAAGAUGGGUAGGGAGGACAAGGCAACCUGGAAGUCCAAUUACUUCACCAAAAUUAUCCAACUCUUAGACGAGUACCCAAAAUGUUUCUUAGUGGGUGCAGACAACGUAGGUUCAACUCAAAUGCAGCAGAUUCGUAUCUCGCUACGUGGCCAUAGCAUUGUGUUGAUGGGCAAAAACACAAUGAUGCGCAAAGCUAUCAAAGACCACUUGGAGACCAACCCAGCCUUGGAAAAACUAUUGCCGCACAUCAAGGGCAACGUAGGCUUUGUGUUCACCCGUGGAGACCUUGUCGAAGUUCGUGACAAGUUGCUGGAGAACAAAGUCCGUGCUCCGGCCCGUCCUGGUGCUAUCGCUCCCCUGGCUGUUGUCAUUCCGGCUCAUAACACUGGCCUAGGACCUGAGAAGACUUCCUUCUUCCAGGCUCUAUCCAUCCCAACCAAGAUUUCCAAGGGAACUAUUGAAAUCAUCAAUGAUGUCCACAUCUUGAAGCCCGGUGACAAGGUGGGAGCUUCUGAAGCCACCCUGCUCAACAUGUUAAACAUCUCUCCGUUCUCAUAUGGUCUUGUAGUGAAACAGGUAUAUGAUUCUGGCACCAUUUUCGCGCCUGCCAUCCUGGAUAUCAAGCCAGAGGACUUGCGUGCCAAGUUCAUGGAGGGAGUGGCGAAUGUAGCGGCCGUCUCGCUGACCAUCGGCUACCCGACCGUCGCCUCCGCGCCUCACUCCAUCGCCAACGGAUUCAAGAACCUGCUCGCCAUCGCGGCCGUCACCGAGGUUGACUUCAAGGAGGCCACCACCAUCAAGGAAUUCAUCAAGGACCCAUCGAAGUUCGUUGCCGUUGCCGCUGCCCCUGUCGCUGCUGCUCCGGCCGCCGACAAGAAGGUUGAAGAGAAGAAAGAGGAGAAGGAGGAGUCUGAGAGUGACGACGACAUGGGUUUCGGUCUCUUCGACUAAAUCCUCGUGUCUUAAAACACCCACUGAGACGUGGGCCAUCAACGCCGCCGGGUUGGAUACCUAUAUGGCGGCUGAUGUGUCUU